UUUUUUUUUUUUUUCUUUUUUUUGGGAUCAAUUGUUCUUCUGGUGUACACAUUAAUUUCUCUUAUACACACAUAUAUAUAUGCAAAGUUCAUCCAUACUCAGUCAAGCUAAUAACAACAUAACAUUCCAAAUGGCUGCCAUUGCACAAGGCUUCAUAUUGCUCGUCUUCUUAAUUUCCAUAGUCGAAGGCCGAGUCUUGAGACUUUACUCAUAUGAUAACAAUCAGUACUUAAUCUCAGAUGGAGUUGAUAGUCAUGGAAACCAAACACAUGAUAAUAAUGCUCCCUCAAUCCCGAGCACGUGUGACCACCAAUAUGGCUUCUUGCCGUGCGCGGAAAAUGCAGCCGGUUUUAUUUUCCAGAUAAUGGUAUAUCAAGGCCUUUUGAUUUUCGGAGAAAACCAAAUAGGCAGUGGGAGUAAAGUGCUGUUCAAUAUAAUGGGAGUCGGUAAAUUUGGCGGCAUCAUUUUUCGCAUACUUAUGGCUUUGCCGUCUAUGGUGAUGAUGAUCGUCUUCAGCCUCACGGUCCAAUGGGGCAUAUGCGUAAUAUUAGGUAGAAAAGGUCUAAAAGACAAAUCAAAUGAAAAUGCUCAAACCUCAAUCAGCUCAAAUUGCUUGCCUGCAAAAGAAAAACUCAUUAUCCUCAAAGAUACUGGUGUCGAAAUCGACCAACAGACCCGUUACACAGCUGGCAUAAUGCUGAUGUCAUUGAUUCCUUACAUCAUAGUCCAGCUGGAAGAUUUUCUCCACACCUCGUCUGGAGACCGCAUCGUAACUUUGAUAGCACUAAUCGUGUCCGCCUUGUCAUUAUUCUCGUAUUUCGCCUAUCAGGUUUUGUAUCCAUGGAUGCAGCAAAGGAGUUUAGACUACUCAAAGUACGAAAUUCUGCGUACCGGGUUUUUAAAGCACGUGCAGCGCCAGGGGAAGCUCGUCACUGAAGAUGGCAAACUCAACAUCUCUCUCAUUCAAAAGCUAUUUGACGAUGCAGAUAAAGACAACAACCAGCGGAUAGGGAAGGCCGAACUCGAGAGCUUGGUGCUCGAUAUCAUCAAGACGGGUAAAGUCACGAUCGACGAGGAAUUCGCGCUCUCCCAAGUGAUGGAAACGUUCGAUUUCGACGCUGACGAUAGCAUCAACAUUGAUGAAUUCACCGAAGGGUGCAAAAAAUGGAUAGAAGAAAACAAGAAAUCGUCCGGAGGAAGCAGUAGUGACUCGACCUCGGGAAGUGUUUUUCACGAGAUUGUGUGGCAACAAGCAGUGCACAACAAGUGGGCUCUUUUCAAGUCUAUAUUUCAACUCUUGCUGGGGAUUGUUAUGUUGACCUUUUUGGGAGGGCCUCUAAUGGGUAGCAUAUUGCAGUUAUCAUAUGCCAUGGGAUUCCCAUCUUUCAGUAUAUCAUUCGUGAUUGUACCAUUUGCCAUGAACGCACGAGCUGUAUUAGCAGCGAUUUUCCCAGCCAGCCAAAAGAGUACAAUAACUGCUUCUUUGACAUUCUCAGAGAUAUAUGGUGGGGUCAUUAUGAACAAUAUUGCAGGACUUACAACAUUGUUGGCGAUUGUGUACGCUAAAGACUUGACGUGGGAUUUUUCAGCCGAAGUUUUGACGAUUUUGGUCGUGUGUGCGAUUGUAGGCAUGCUGGCAUACUCGAGCACCACUUAUCCUCUGUGGACUUGCAUAUUGGCAUUCUUUCUGUAUCCUUUUUCCCUGGGAUUGUUUUACUUUGUUCAGGUUUUCUUGAGUUGGAACUGACACGUUCAUGAACUGGGUUAUUUUCUCUGUACUUCCCUCAUUCUUUACAUGUUCUUCUGUUGUGUAAUCUUUCGGAUUACUGUUAUCACACAAGAGGAGAAAAAUAAAAUAGAGGUCACAUCAUAAAAGAGUUCGUUGUGCACUUCCCCAAACGUUUGUAAACAAAAAAGUAUGAAAUUCCUCUGUAUGUCAAUAUUUGAGAAGCUACAAAUCAGUACCAAAGCAGCCAUAAUGGUAUACGACAUGAUAAAUGAGUUGCAAAAAAAAAAAAAAAAA